AUGGCUCAUCGGAUAUGUGGGAGAGGGGAUCAGGUGCUGGGUCGCGCGUACGCCGUGCUGAGCGACGCGGAGCGGCGCGCCGUGUACGACGAGCAGGGCACGGUGCAGGAGGAGGAGGGCGAGGAGCUGCAGCCCGAGCGCGACUGGCAGGAACACUGGAGGCUGCUCUUCAAGAAGAUCACCAUUAAGGACAUCGAAGACUUUGAGAAGAGCUACAAGGACUCGGAAGAGGAACUCGAUGAUAUCAAGGCAGCAUAUGUGGACUUCGAGGGCGAUAUGGACAAGGUCAUGGAGUCGGUGCUGUGUGCAGAAUACGCAGAUGAGCCCAGGAUAAGGAAAAUCAUACAGGGGGCCAUCGACUCCGGAGAGCUCCCCGCCUACAAGGCUUUCGUGAAAGAGUCUAAGCAGAAAAUGAACGCGAGGAAAAGGAGGGCAGAAAAAGAAGCUAGAGAGGCAGAAAAGACUAGAGAAGAAUUGGGCCUUGGUGACGGUGAAGGUGAUUUGAAAGCACUCAUUCAAAGUAGAAAUAAAGAUCGAAAAAAGGAAAUGGAUGACUUCUUGGUACAACUAGAAGCAAAAUAUGGGAAUAAUUCAAAAAAAGGAGGGAAGAAGACUGCCACCAAGAAAGGGAAGAAGUAA